AGACCUCACCAAUUUUUGUAGAAAAUUCCUUCAAAGCAUUUUUGUUCUGAUAAAGUUCCUUCUUUUACCACCAUUUCUCGCUUCCUCUGCUCCGCAGAUCUCUCCCCACUCUCUCACGCCUCUUUAAAGAGGGGAUGAAGUGAAACCAAAAGCUGACGGAGCAGUAAUCUUUUCCUCCCGGCAGGUCAUCAGCCGCCGCAGCGCGGAGAUCUCACUCGAUAUUGAGCUGGCGAAUUCGCCGGAGAGUAUCGGCUUCAUUUUUGGCGGCGAUUAGGGAUCAGGAUGUACAAGAACCAGUUGCAGGAGCUUGCUCAAAGGAGCUGCUUUUGCCUUCCGUCUUAUACUUGCAUACGAGAAGGUCCGGAUCACGCACCUAGGUUUAAAGCUACUGUCAACUUUAAUGGCGAGAUCUUCGAGAGCCCUAGCUUCUGCACCACUCUCCGCCAGGCAGAGCACGCAGCCGCUGAGAUCGCUCUCAAUGCCCUCUCUUCACGCGGUCCUUCUCACUCUCUAGCCGCCAGGAUCCUGGAUGAGACUGGUGUGUACAAGAACUUACUGCAAGAAGUUGCACAGAGGGUGGGGGCACCAUUACCAUCUUAUAGAACUGUUCGCUGCGGUCAUGGGCACCAUACUUCGUUCACAUGCGCUGUCGAGCUUGCUGAGAUAUUGUUCACGGGCGAACCAGCUAAGAGCAAGAAGCAAGCCGAAAAAAAUGCAGCCAUGGCGGCAUGGAAUUCCUUGAAACAAUUGGCGCGCCAAGAAAUGAGUUCACUAUCCGAACCCGAGAACAACGACGAACUUGAGCAAAUCACCGUCGCCAGAGUACUCCUGAACUACCGCUUGAGAGAGAAAAUAGCUACGGCAAAUAACCCCAAUGCUCCCUCAUUCCCUAAGAAAUUUCUGGUUCAUCCUGAUAAGAAGCCAAUCUCGUUGCCGACUUCGUCUUCCGGAUCGAAGAUACUGCCUAUGAUUCGUACCAGAUCUUCUCCCAAAACUCGUCCCAUCUCCCCGAGACCGAUUGAUGAAUACAGCUUUCAACCACUCAAGUUUCAUGGGGCAGGAGCUGCUGCACCUUACAUGCCUUUCCAGCAUUUCAGAAUGUCCUCCGCCGGAGUGGCUGCGCCGGUGACUAUAAGAACUUCGGUUCCAGUAUUCUCAGCUCCUCCGCUGCCGCCUCCAGCGGUUUAUUCGCAUUUACCUCCCGUUAUGAACUCGCCGUGGCGAGUGGCGCCGCCGGUUCAUAUCCGUCCUGCUGUUCCUGUUUUCGCAGCUCCGCCAGCGUUAUUCCCUGGACCGGUCCAGGUUAGCCAGAUUCAAGCGAAGGAACCAGCUUCUAGAGUUGGUGGAACCCAGGUUAAGGUGUGCCCAGGUCAAGUAACUAUUGCUGAAGAAGGGAAGAAAGAAGCUUCUCUUGUGACUGCAGUUACAGUAAAGGAAGAAACCCCUGUUGAAAUCAAGGUGGAGGCUGCUGUGUUGAGUUCAGUACAGGUGAAGGAAGAAGAUUGUGAAGUUGUUUCAGCUCCAGGGAAGGAAAUUGUUAAGGCUGAUGAAGAAGCUUCUGCUGAAGAUUCAGAAAGAAGUGUGAUUAAAUCUGAGCCUGCUGCAAAAGAUGAUUUUCAGGAGCUUGAAGUGCUUGAGAACUUGAGAACACUUGAGCUCUGAUGGUGUAUUGAAAAACCUCUUUUUUUUUUUUGUGGUUUUUUAGGUGGUAUGCAUUCUGUGCUAGUAUUUGGAGAUUGUAGUUGGUGGAUUUUAGUCCAUCAUGCAUAAAUAUUAGUUAGUUAUUAAUGCCGGUGAGAUUUUAAAUU